GUAACAGAAAACGUUUUUUUGUUUAAAGCGGAAUGGAUCUGACACGAAUGUCUUUAUUUGUCCAUGAGCAUCCUCUCGCGUUCACGCGCGUCACCAGACGCUUGCAGUGCGCAUGCGCGUUCUGCGACUGUAGUAUUAUGACUGACCCGAGCAAUAUGUAAACUGCGCAGGGGGGUGGCCUGUCAAGAAACAUUGGACUGCAAGCCCAUGGGUGGGUUAACUGAGACAUGCAUGACGGUGCAAAUAAAGAAGGAUCCGAUCUGACUGACACUACAGCUUCUCUCGUCUUUCUUGUGAUCGCUGUUAAAGCCCGGCAGCGGCGGCUGGCCAGCGGUGCUGGAUGAUACCGGCCGGUGCGUUGACUUCUGCAGACACUGUCGCGUUUCAAUGAAUUGUAGUUACAUAAGUGUGUUUACAGGACUGCCCGACCGAUAAAAGUGAAAAUGAGCGCCGCGGUUUAUGUUUUAUCCACGGUUACCGGAUAUGUGCUCACCUCGACGUUACUGCUCAAGUGUCCGUCUCUGCUGCAUCGGCGAAAGAAAGAAGCCUUCCGGAGCAAACACAUCUCACACCGCGGCGGAGCUGGUGAGAACUUGGAGAACACAAUGGCAGCCUUCAAGCACGCUGUUCAGCUGGGCACUGACAUGUUGGAGCUGGACUGUCAUUUGACCAAGGAUGAGCAGGUGGUGGUAUUGCACGAUUCCAACCUGAAGCGCUCGACUGGAAUUAAUGCAUACAUUUCGGAUGUGGCUUAUUCUGAUCUUCCACCUUACCUUUGUAAGCUUGGGGUGUCUUUCAAACGCGAAUGCUACUGUGAAGGAGGAGAUGACAAACGCAUUCCUCUGCUGAGAGACGUGUUUGAAGCUUUCCCAAACACCCCUGUAAACAUCGACAUCAAGGUCAACAACGACACUCUCAUCAAGAAGGUGUCUGAGCUGGUUGUCAGAUACAACAGGGAGCAUCUGACUGUCUGGGGAAACUCCAGCAAUGAAAUCGUUAAGAAAUGUUACAAAGAGAACCCACAAAUCCCAAUCUUAUUCAGUUUGCCCAGAGUGCUGCUGUUGCUCGGCCUUUUCUACACAGGCCUCCUACCCUUUGUCCCGCUCAAGGAACAAUUCCUGGAGAUUCCCAUGCCUUCAAUCAUUUCCAAACUCAAAGAUCCUGAGCGGCAGACACGGAGUCAGCGUUUCAUAACAUGGCUGGCAGACACGCUCCUCAUGAGAAAAGCAUUAUUCGAUCAUCUGACGAGCAGAGGAAUACAGGUGUAUGUCUGGGUGCUGAAUGACGAAGAGGACUUCAAACGUGCCUUCGACCUUGGGGCUACGGGGAUCAUGACAGACUAUCCCACCAAGCUAAAGGACUUCAUGGAGAAAAACUACCACUACACUACCGCUUUUAAAUAAGACUUGUCGGCCAACUAUCAAUACGCUUUUCCACUGACCUUUAGCCUCUAAACGGGCCUUUUAAUUAGCCAACAUUCUUUGAUGUUUAUGUCUAUGAGUGUAGAAGUGGCAGCUAUCAGCUCUGCAUUCAUCUCCGAUCAGCCAUUUUAUGCCAGACAGGUUGUCAUGAAAUGUUCAUAGCAAUACACGUUAUCCAUAAAAAGCAGGAAGAUUCAUAAGAGGCUGUUAUGAUGAGCUUAUCAGUCAUGUUGGGAUGGUGUCGUGAUCAUCACGACAUAUCUCUGAAGUUUUCAGGCACUUUCAUUGUAUUGUUAUUACAACGUGAGGACGGACAGGCACUUGCUUGGGCAUCACUUUCUGCAAUAAUACUGAACUCACUGAACAGUUAAUUGUCUAAACGACGAGAUCAAAGCUACUGAUGUUUUUCCACGGCUUAAAAACAGAAAUGCUAGCUUCAGGGGUGUACUGUAGGAUUGUUGAGAGACCAAUAAUCAGGAGGCGUUAGAUAUUUUCAUGUUUACUCUGUGGUUUGAUUAAAUGUGUAUAUUUUGUUUUUGUGAAUUUGUUUCUUUUGCCAAAAAGAGACUUUCAAUUUCGAGGCUGAAAAGAUGCCUCAUUUUUGCUUGAAGAGUUGUGUUGUUUAGUAUAUGACCAGUCAGAAGUUUUGACACACCAACUCAAUCUUCAUUGUUACAAUAUCUACAUUACAGUGUUAUAACGUUAAAGAUCGUAUGGUAAUGACGUCCCAUUGAACAUUUUUAUACGAGUGAAAAUUCAUAUUCGAGCUGCUUCAAAACGUAUUACGGCUUACAUUUAACAUCUACUCCAACUCAUACUACUACUGCUAAUAAUAAUGCAAUAAAAAAUAGGUAUAAUUAGUAGACAACCUCAUGGAAACUUAAUAUUGGUCUUUGAAAUCAUUUUCAUGUAUUCCAGCAGUAGCCUUUAGGUCAAAAGUUUUUGUGAUCAUUAAAAACAAUGUCAGUCAAGCGUGUCCAAGCUUUUGACUGGUUGUGUAUAUUAUAAACUGAUAGAAGAAGACGUUGUGUUGGAGUGUAGGUCACAAACAUGUGUAGCGUAUAGCGUUUAUGUGACGUUUGAAUGUACUUUUGCUAGGACAGAAAAAGGUUUCAUUAAAAUGCUGGUGGUUUUGCUGUAUUGAAAGGUAACGCUAACAAAAACAUUUUCUCACUCUUCUAAGGAAAAACAGAACGCAUUUGCAACUGCCGUGACAGUAAGUCACUCCUGAAAAGAACAAAUCUUUUAGAUAAUCAACCAUCUGUGGAGUUCAAACGUUUCCCUCUUUUGUGAAUUGUAUACAGAUACCCUUAGCUUUGUGCUGUGUUUAAUUUUCUGGUUCAUCUUUUCUCCGAGCCAUUUCCGUUGGUUGUGUAUGAAUUCGGUGCACUGUUUUAAUUGUGAUUGAUAGUACUGUAAUUCAAAGAUUAGUUAUUAUAGAGAAUCUUUGUGAAUAUGCUGCCAUUAAAUAUAUUUUGUAAAUGAAUUUAAA